GUGUAGACCCACUACCCAUAUUUUAGAUUUCACGUGUUUUUGUUUCCAGUAACAUUUCUCCAUGCCUAUAUAUAUAUUUAUAGGCACCGCCAACUUUUUAAAUCACUACCAUUCCUACCUCAAAAAAGAAAACAAGAAAAAAACAAGUCUAAACUCUUUCCUACUGCAGUGAUGGAAACCAACGUUGGCCUUCUCUCAUUGUGCUUGCUAGUCGCCUUCAUUCGUUUUCUGAUCAAACGUUUUUGGCAUCAAAGCGAUAAUAAAAACGAUAGCAAAGUAUUCAAGCCAAACUAUCCACUUCCUCCCACUCCAAAUUGCCUAAAACCAUGGCCCAUUGUUGGCAACCUCCCCGAAUUGCUGGCUAACAAGCCCACGUUCCGGUGGAUACACAAGAUGAUGGACGAAAUGAACACCGAAAUUGCAUGCAUCCGUCUUGGGAACACGAAUGUGAUCCCCAUCACUUGCCCUCAACUCAGCCGCGAAAUCUUAAAGAAGCAAGACGCAAUCUUCGCAUCACGUCCGCUUAGCAUUUCCACUUUUCUUAUCACCAAGGGGUACAAAACUGCAGUUAUGGUGCCCUUCGGAGAACAAUGGAAGAAAAUGAGGAAGGUAAUAGCGAGCGAAUUGCUUACUCCAAUGAGGCACAAGUGGCUCACGGACAAAAGGGUUGAAGAGGCCGAUCACAUCGUCAAGUAUGUGUACAACCAGUGCAACAACAAUGAAGGUGGUGGCAUUGUAAAUUUGAGACUUGCCACUCAACAUUAUUGUGCAAAUGUGAUUAAGAAAAUGGUUCUCAACAAGAGGUACUUUGGGGAGGAAAUGGAGGAUGGUGGGCCUGGUUUGGAGGAACAAAAGUAUUUAGAAAAUGUAUUUACAAUGCUUAACUACAUCUAUUCAUUUUCUGCAUCCGAUUACAUUCCAUGCUUGAGAGGGCUUGACUUGGAUGGCCAUGAGAAGAUUAUCAAGGAUGCCAUAAGAGAAACAAGAAAAUACCAAGACCCCUUAAUCGAAGAGAGGGUUCGUGAACAUCAGAAAUUUGGCAAUAACAAGGAGGCACACGACUUGCUUGACAUUCUUAUCUCUCUGAAAGAUAAGAAUGGCGAACCCUUACUGUCUCUGGAAGAAAUCAAAGCUCAAGUCAAUGAACUAAUAAUGGCAGCAGUGGACAAUCCCUCAAAUGCUGCUGAAUGGGCAAUUGCAGAGAUGAUAAAUCAACCUGAACUCUUUGAGAAAGCAACACAAGAACUCGAUGCUGUGAUCGGAAAGAACAGACAAGUUCAAGAGUCGGAUUUGUCGCAGCUCAACUUCGUAAAGGCCUGCGCCAGAGAAGCCUUCCGCCUCCACCCGGUGGCACCGUUCAAUGUGCCUCACGUGUCUAUGGCCGACACAACCGUCGGAGAUUACUUCAUCCCCAAGGGUAGCCACGUGAUUCUCAGCCGAGUCGGACUCGGCCGCAACCCUAAAGUUUGGGACGAGCCUCUCAAGUUCAAGCCGGAGCGGCACCUCAAGGACGACGGGUCAGGGGUAGUGCUCACCGAGUCGGAGUUGCGGUUCAUUUCGUUCAGCACUGGGAUGCGGGGCUGCGUAGCGAGUACACUCGGCACUGCCAUGACCGUAAUGCUGUUUGCUAGGCUUCUUCAUGGGUUUACAUGGCACGUGCCACCCACUGAGUCAAGCAUCGAACUCACCGAGUCAACUAACGAUCUCUUACUCGCGAAGCCAUUGCUUGCAUAUGCAAAGCCACGUUUGCCUGCUCAUGUUUACCAAACGAAAUGAUUUGAAUUGGGUCAAGAGAAUCAGUUUCCGUCGGCAUGCAAGAUUUGAUUAGGAUCUUGUAUUAAACUAAAUAAGGUUAUAUAAUAUUUACUAUCUAAUGGGAGUUUGCACAAAUACCCACCUAAAAGUACUUAGGGUAUGCAAAUUUACCGCUAAGUUUUUCAAUUUUUUUAAUGUGGUAUAUUCCUUUUUGUGUUAAAAUUAGUCACGUGUGCAUUCCAUUUUCUUAAGAAUAUUAAUUAUGCUCCUUCUA